CGGCGAGUACACAAGGUAGGCGGAAGUGAUUUAGUAAGCAGUUGGCUAUCGCAGUGCAUUUAUUCAUUACCAGACGACACGUACACAAGACAGGAUGAACUUAUUUAGUUUGCAGUCGCAAUGCAUGUAAACAGUCAUCAUGAGUGACAGUGGUGAUAUUAGCAUUGAAGCAGAAGGUAUUUCAUCCACUGAUGAAGAAGACGACGAUUUUUUUGACCGGUUACCUGCAGAUGAUUCUCAAACCUUUCAUCCGCCCCCAGGGGACCCAUCGCUGCUGCGUCCAGAUCAACUGCAUAAGGGACACAGCUUACGUGAAAAAUUCCCAGAAACAAGCCCUUUUCAUCAUUUACAAGAAGAACGCCCUGAACCAACUCGACCACAAUCAGGGCAUCCCCUAUCACCUGUUUUGCCACUGUGGCACUAUAAGCAAGAAGAUUUGAACUUCCCACCAGAACAGCCUAAGCCAGGCCACCAUCAGCCAGAGGACGAGGUCUUCCCGCCUCCUAAACAACAACCAAAACAAUCUCAGCCAUUCCAACACAACACCACUGAAACCUUGCGACGGAGCAAUGGAGAUAAUAAGGACACAUCACCACCUCCGAUAUCAUCUGAAGAGGAAGGAGAACGUCCUGAACCAACUCGUCCACCACCAGAGCAUUCUCAAUCAGAGGGAAAUGGUUCCCCGACACCUGGUCCUCCAUACCCUAAACCAGAAAACUCGAACUCUACAUCAGCACAACCUAAACAAGGCCCCAGUCAGCCAGAAGACACCGUCUCCCAAUCUCAGGCAAACCAGAAAAGCAAAACAAAACCCUCGAGACAAACAAAGGGAGAUAAUCAGGACACAUCACAAUCUGCGAUAUCAUCUGAGGAGGAGGAAGAACCGAACGAGAAAACGGAGAAUCCACAGUUGCGGAUGGAGGACAACAAAGACACCAUGAAAUCACCAUAUUAUGAUGAUACAGAUAUACAUAGUAAAUGUUUGCAUAUCAAAUUCGAUGUCCUCCUGCAUCCAAGCACAAGAGAAGGAACAAAAAAGACAAAGCUGAGAUUACAAUGCCUUGCUAAUCUCAAUGGAAAGAAGCUCAAACUUGAGACAUUGUCACAAAGGGAAAUUUGCAACGAUUCCAAGUAUCAAAGAUAUGUCGGUGAAGCACAGAUACCAAGACAAUGGCUGAACGAAUCACACAGGUUGCAAUACAUCUACGAAAUCAGUUCUGACGGCAGAAAUUGGAAACCUGAAUAUUGGCAUGACACUGAGGCCAACGUUCGUCACCGGGUUCUUAGUUUUUCGAUAGAAGAACUUCGGUCUUUGGAUGAAUGGGAAAAUCAAAGAGGAACAACAAACCGAGAAACGGCAGAUGUGCACGAUGGGGUCAUUCUCAUCGAUGACAGAAAUUCCAUCAGAAAGGCGUUUUCCCCUGGAAUAGAUCAGAGAGUCUUGAUCAAUACGGUGGAGAUAGUAUGUGAUGAAUACUUACCAAGCCUCGAAGAUGAACACUUUUCUAUGAGAGAAUUCCUUAACGAACUCAAAGAGAAACAAGACACCAUGUACGAUAGGUACUUUUCCCCCAGGAACAUAUCU